AUGGCCUACUAUCUUACACUGUUCUACCCACCGUCCCGCACUGGAAAGCGUAUCGGCCAAUAUUUCACCGCCGCCCAAGUUUCCGCAGCCGUAGUUGGCCUUGUCAGCGCUGGAUUUCAGAAGAUGAAUGGAAUGGGAGGGCUGACUGGUUAUGAGUGGAUGUUCCUUUUAUAUGGUCUCUCGGCCGUUCUUUGCGGCAUAUUCAUCUUAUAUUGGCUCCCAGGUCGCCCUGUGGCUCCAGGAGCAACGGUCAAGCCAUCUGAUUUUCAGAAAUACUUGCCGGCUCCAAAGCCGGCACUAGUGGGCGAGGACGCAGUCAUUCAUUAUGAGGAGCUGACGAGAGUCUAUAACGUCCCACCAUGGACAAUUAAAGACCUUAUGGGAGUUUUGGUGGACUGGCGCUUAUGGCCAUUGACUAUAAUGUACUUUGGCGUCGUUGGGGUCGGUAUUGGGGUUCAGAAUUUCGGAACCCUUAUUAUAAGGGCCAUCAACCCACAGUUGACUAGUAUCGAGCUUUCACUGCUUUUUUCGCCGAUUUGGGUUUGCGAUUUGAUUGCCAUUUUACUAGUUACGCCGUUCAGUGAUCGGUUCAAUCGACACCGUGCACUCUUCUUCACAGUGCCAGUGUAUUUUGGGCUACUCAUGAUUGGAUUUGGGCUAGGGCCCACAGUGCCAAUUUGCAUGACCUGGACGAACGAAAUAUUCCAGCCUCGCCAUGGUGAAGUCGGUGUUGCUGCGGCAUCAGCCCUUGUCUCAGGUCUUGGGAAUUUGGGCUCAGUUACUACUACAUAUGCACUUUACACAGGUUGGGCUUCUGAUAACGUUGUGGGGCCUAAACAAUUCAGGAAGUCGAACUUGGUGAUGAUCGGGAUCCUGUGUAUCAGUAUUUUGUCUGCAAUAAUUAUGGGUUUUUUGGUGAAAUACGUCGAUGGAAGAAAGACAUCGGGAGAGGAGGUUUUGCUAGAUAGGGCGGCGCGGAGAGAGCAGGGGGGACAGCGAGGGUUUGCCGGAUUUUGGAGGAGUAGGUCUUGA